AUGUUGGGUAGCCCUUCAAAUAAUGGAGGCAUUAGGAUGCUGGCCCCCCCUGCACCCAAUGAUGACAGGCGGGUUGAGUUUGUGGCUCUCGGAGCUGUUCACACUGAAAGAAGCGAGCCGUCGAGCCCGGAGCGCGGACACCCAUCUCACCGCACCGGCUUACUGGGCACACCGCUGCCAGUGCCACCGGGCCCAAGGGCGACCCCUUCUGCCUCCAGCAAAAGCUACAGAAAGUUACAGAACUACCUGUACAAUGUGCUCGAGAGACCCAGAGGAUGGGCAUUUAUCUAUCAUGCCUUCAUUUUUCUUCUAGUGUUCAGCUGUCUGGUGCUUUCUGUUUUCUCCACCAUUCCAGACCAUCAUAAAUUUGCCAACGAGGCGCUCUUCAUCCUGGAGUUUGUGAUGAUCGUGGUUUUUGGGCUGGAGUACUUUGUGAGGAUCUGGGCGGCCGGAUGCUGCUGCCGGUACAGAGGAUGGCAGGGUCGGCUACGGUUCGCCAGAAAGCCCUUCUGUGUCAUAGACUUCAUUGUCUUGGUGGCAUCACUGGCAGUGAUAGCAGCGGGCACACAGGGAAAUAUCUUCGCCACAUCUGCUCUGCGCAGCAUGCGGUUUCUGCAGAUCUUACGCAUGGUGCGCAUGGACCGCCGGGGAGGAACCUGGAAGCUACUGGGCUCUGUGGUGUACGCUCACAGCAAGGAGCUGAUCACAGCCUGGUACAUUGGCUUCCUGGUGCUGAUCUUUGCCUCGUUCUUGGUCUAUUUGGCUGAGAAGGAGGAUAACCAAGAAUUUUCCACUUAUGCUGACUCCCUCUGGUGGGGAACAAUCACCCUCACUACGAUCGGAUACGGAGACAAGACACCGCGUACCUGGCAAGGUCGGCUUUUAGCGGCUUGUUUUGCUCUGCUAGGAGUAUCCUUCUUUGCCCUGCCAGCUGGCAUCCUGGGCUCAGGUUUUGCUCUCAAAGUGCAGGAGCAGCACCGGCAGAAACACUUUGAGAAGAGGAGGACACCCGCUGCCAACCUCAUGCAGGCUGCAUGGCGUCUCUACUCUACAGAUGCUCAGCACUCAUAUCUCACAGCCACCUGGUAUUUCUAUGACAGUAUGCUGCCGUCCUUCAGAGAACUGACAUUACUGUUCAGUCACCUCCAACGGCAGCGUAGCACCAAGAAGGUUCUUCACAACUCCUACCACACCCUGCUGUCGGGGCUCCGGCCGUAUAGCUCCCCCUACCUGUCCGGGGACAGUGGGAAGAUUGGCUUCCGUGAUCGAAUUAGGAUGAACAAUUCACGCUCCUCUCAGGCUAUCCGGAGCAAGGCUUCUCCUUUGCCCCCAGGUAAUGUGCGGCGCUCUCCCAGCACGGAGAACAUUCCAGAAGCCACCAGCCCCGGCAAGGUCCAGAAAAGCUGGAGCUUCAAUGAUCGGACUCGAUUCCGUACUUCUCUCCGCCUAAAACCACGUCCAGCUGCAGAUGUUGAGGGAGUCGGAGAAGAGCACACAGAGGACAAAUCUUACUGUGAUGUCGCCAUGGAUGAUGUGAUACCAGCAGUGAAAACCCUAAUUCGAGCUGUUAGGAUCCUUAAAUUCCUUGUGGCCAAGAGGAAAUUUAAAGAAACCCUGCGACCAUAUGAUGUAAAAGAUGUGAUUGAGCAGUACUCAGCAGGACACCUCGAUAUGCUGGGCAGAAUCAAAAGCCUGCAGACAAGGGUGGAUCAGAUCAUUGGCCGUGGUGCUAUUCCAUCAGAUAAAAAAGUGAGGCCUGAAAAAGGGGAGAAAACUCCUCCUGAACUGGAACAGAUGGAUGAAUUAAGCAUGAUGGGACGUGUGGUGAAAGUGGAAAAGCAGGUGCAAUCAAUCGAAAACAAGCUGGACCUGCUCUUGAACUUCUACACCCAGUGCCUGAAAAAGGGCUCAUCCCACUUCACUCUGUCAUCCCUGCUGGAACCUGACUUGACCUCUGACUACCACAGUCCCACUGAUCAACACGACCUGUUCCCCUCUGCAAACACCCUUAAUAUCUCCCACUCAGACAGUGGUAACAUGGAAUGA